UUGGUAAAAAAAAGUUCAGAGAAACGAAAAGCAAAGAGAAACACCAGCUGCACAAAAGUGUUUGCAUCGAUCUUAAAAGAAGAAAAGCGAUAACAUUUUGUUAGUAAUUUGGUGUCCAGCAAUACUCUUCGAUGACUCAGAGUGCUUAUCGUGUUUUAUCUUAUCUUCCUUUUUCCUAUUGCUUUUGUGCCGCAAUUUUUCGUCCGGAUCCAUUGUUUCUCUUGGUCUAUAAAGCCGGCACUCGGCGGUCUUCUGGCGAGUCAGGAUCCAUUGUUUCUUCUCGUUUCUUUUUCGUCUAUAAAUCGGGAGUUGGGCAGCCAUCCAUUGAGCAUUGCAAGUAAGUUGUUUUGGUUCGGAUAGUCUCGGAUUCUCGCUCUACUGGGUCAAGAGUACCAUUGCUAGGUUUCUAACCAUGGCCAACAACUCUGGUCCACACUUCGAUGGUAGAUAUUCGAAAGAUCCUGCUAUUCAAUUUGAAGGAGAUACAUGGCAUAUACCAGCAAAACGUCUGCACAUUAUUUGGGGAGCCGACGGUCGAUUUUGGCGUUUCAUCCAAGAGGAACCUAAAGAUCUCAAGUCUGAUCAUGCUGCUGAGUUACUGCAAGUAGGUUGGCUUGAAAUUAACGGAACAUUCGACAUGAGCAAGCUCAAAGUCGGGGAAGAGUACGAGAUCGUGUAUGUCAUGAAGUUCAAGGUUGACGCAUUUGGGUGGAAUCGUUCUCCCGUGAAGUUUUCAGUGUCUGUGUGCAACCAAGAGAGGAAGGAAAAGGCUGUGCUCAUGGAGGAGUACAAGGAGAGUAGCACAAAGAGGCCGCAGGAAUGGUUUAAGAUUGUAGGUGGUGACUUCAAAGUACCUGAGAACAACAAUGGAGAAAUAGAAUUCUCAAUGUAUGAUGUGGGGAGUGAAUGGUGGAAGGGGAGUCUCGUUCUUGGAGGGGUUAAACUGAGGCCCAAGCCGAAACAACACUGACUUAUUCCCUCUAUUAUUAGUCUCUUGUGGAGAAGAUGGCUUGAGUUGUUUGUGCGGGAAUUGCUCAUUAGUUUCAUUUGUACGUUCUUUGAUUGUGAGAUGGGUGUUCAGUUAACUACAAAUAUUAAGUAGAAUACUUAGAUCACUGGGAUUUUCUUGUAUUGCUUGUGUGUCACAGUUCUUAGUUGAAUUCAUUUAUGGCAAGAGAUAUCUGAGGUAUUGGUUCUAAAUUUUA